AUGACGCCGCCCCUGCUUAAACAGAUCACGCCGGCUGAAGUCGCUAGCUUCGCCUACGACGCCGUGGACGCCGUGGCGCUCGAGGACGCGCGGCGCAUCGUGCACGACGUGCGUGAUAAUGGCGUGAAAGCGCUCAUGCGACACGCUGCUAGACUAGGCGACGUGCCGUCUGAAGACGCGCCGCUGCUGAUCCGUCCCGCAGAGCUGCAAAAGGCCUUUGAGACGCUGCCAAAAGACCAGCAGCAAGUGCUCGAGCGCACGGUGCAACGCGUGACGCGGUUUGCGCAAGCCCAGCGCGCGUCGAUUCGCAACUUUGAACAGCCAAUCGAUGGCGGCGUUGCCGGGCAAGACGUGUCACCCAUGCAGACUGCAGGGUGUUAUGCGCCUGGUGGACGGUACCCGCUGCCUUCGUCUGUGAUCAUGACGGUCGUGACAGCUCGAGUGGCUGGCGUCAAGACCGUUGUCGUGUCGUCGCCUCGUCCAGCUCAAGUGACACUUGCUGCCUCGUACUUAGCCGGAGCAGACGUGUUUGUAGCUGCUGGCGGGGCCCAAUCAAUUGCCGCGAUGGCGUUUGGCGUGGGUGAGAUCCCCGUUUGUGACAUUAUUGUAGGCCCUGGGAACAAGUGGGUGACUGCAGCCAAGUCGCUUGUGUACGGCAAAUGUGCAAUUGACAUGCUAGCUGGUCCGUCUGAGUGUCUCGUUCUAGCAGACGAGACAGCCGAUGCAGCUGUGAUUGCAGCUGAUUUAUUGGCUCAAGCCGAGCACGAUACAGCUGCAGUGCCGAUCCUGGUGACCACGAGUCAAGCGAUCAUUGAUGCUGUGAAUCACGAGCUUUCGGUGCAAUUCGAAACACUGUCGACAGCUGAAACGGCCCGUGCGAGUGUCACAGCGAAUGGCUUUGCCGUGCUGUGUCCAGAUAUCGACACGUGUGUGAACGUGUCCGACGUGCUGGCUCCGGAACAUCUGGAGAUUCUGACAGACGAGGCACGUCAAGUGGCAGAAAAAGUGACGAACUAUGGUGGGCUGUUUAUUGGUGGACGGGCAGCUGAAGUGUUUGGGGAUUAUGGCGCAGGUCCAAAUCACGUGCUCCCGACGGGAGGUACUGCCAAGUACACGGGUGGCCUGUCGGUGCACACGUUUCUCCGUAUCCGUACUUGGAUGCGUAUUGACGAUGCUCAGGAGUCGCAGAUAUUGGUGCAAGACUCUGCACGAUUGGCUCGCAUGGAAGGUCUGGAGGGACACGCGCGCGCUGCUGAGAGGCGAUUGCUGUAG